UCAGGCUUUACAUUGAAAAUAGAUUAAAGCGAAAGUAUCACAGAUUUUAAUAAUUAUGAUAAACGAUAAUUAAAGCAUAAUUACAUAUUAUUUAAGAAAGUUAAAUAAAGUAGGGAAAAAAAUAAGUGUGUACAAAAUAAAAUAAGUUAUAUGAGCAAAUUCUUUAAGAGAAUUGGAACAAAGGCGACUAAGUUUAACUAUGAAGCUGAGAUAUAAUAGGUUAAUUUAAGUUUAGGUGGUUCAUGCUUCAUUAAAGUCCAUUGGAAAAGAGGAAAUCAUUCAACUUAAACGUCGCGUAGUUCAUAACUUAAUCACAGAACAGGCUAGGCAAAGUUCAAUGAAUCUCUAUUUCUAGAUGCAACUCUUUAUCUCUCCAAAAAGAAUAAUUAAUAUUAAGAAAAAUUAAGUGUUUUCACAGUAGUUUUAGAAUCUCAAAAGGGUGAUAAAGCAGGAGGUUAAGUUUCUUUAGAUUUAUCAGAGCUACCUAAUUCAGAAAAAACCAGAAAGAGUUAUGAAUUGAAAUUAGAAAAAUGUCCUGAUAAAAAUGCAACUUUAAAAUUUGAUUUGAUUUAUUAGAAAGUUGGUGAUGUAAAUGAAUCAUAAAUAAGUGAAAGUGAUAGGGAUGGAGAGAAUUCUUUUCGUUCUCAAAACCUAAAAGGUAUUUCUAAUAACAUUGGUAGCGGAGUAUUCGAAUUCGAAAGGAGUAAAGCUAAAGAUAUGAAUGACAUUUAAGCUAGUAAUGGAAGAAGCACUUCUAUGAGUAAUAUAGAUAAAUAAAAUAAAAGCGAUGAUAGUAUUGAUCGUGGAUAAAAAACUUAGAAAAAAGAUGAUCCUUAUGAAUAAGAGAGAUAAAGGUAAUAAGAAGAAAAGAAAAUGUAGGAAGAUGAAGAAUUGAGAAUUCGAUUAGAGAAAGAGAAAGAAGAAGAGAUGGAAUUUGAAAGGAAACAAAGAGAAUUUUAGCAGAGAUAAGAAGAACUAAAGAGAAAGUAAAAAGAAUAUGAAGAAUAGAUGCAGCGUUAGAAAGAAAAAGAGGAAGAAGAAGCAAGGAUUAAGGAAGAAUAAAAAAAAAAGGAUGAAGAAAACCAAUUAAAACUAGCCCAAGAAUAAGAAGAAAGAAAAAGAAGAGAAAAGUUAGAACAGUUAAAAAAGGAAAGAGAAGCCUUUUUGUAAGCUCCUUAAAUAAACAAACCUUAAUAAUCUUCAAGUCAAUCAACAAUAAAUGCAAAUAAUUAAUAAAGAGUACCUGCUAAUCCUAUGUCGUAGACUACAAUAUAAUCAAAAAUCUAACCUUAAUAAUAAUAAAAUAAUAUAUUUUCUAAGAGUAGCUCAAGUGUACCUCAACAGUAGUUGAAUUCAGCUAUUAAGCCUGCUUUAAUUUAAAAAUAAGAUGAUGAUGACGAUGAAGAGGAUGUCAUUCUUAUCGAUGCAAAUGAUGAUUCUGAAGACGAAGCUCCAGUUGCUGCCUAAAAGCCUAACUAAAAUAAACCUACUAAUUCUUUAUCAAGAUAGAAUAGCAAUUCUGAUUUGGCAUCUAAUUAAGUUAGAAAACCGAUUUUUGGCUAAGAACCUCCAAAGAAACCAGCAAUAUUUAACAACCAAAAUUAAAUGAGCUCUUCUAUCAGAAGUAACUAACCUGUAGGAGUUUCUCCUUCUAGACCAUUAGUUAAAAAUGAAUCUAUUUAAUAGCCAUAAGCUUAGCAACAAGCCUUAAAUUAAUAAGCUAAUAGCAAUUAAUAGCAAUUAUUAUAGCAAAAGGUUAUAGAAUUAUAAAAUUCUUUUAAAAAAAUUAAUGAGUUACAAACAGAAAAUGAAUAAUUGAAGAAGGCUCUCUUUAAUAAGUAGGGUGGAAGUGGACCAGAUGGAAAAUCCUCUUUGUUACAAAUAGAGAACGACAAACUCAAGUAAAAAAUUUAAGAGUUAAAUCUCUAAGUUACUAAAGCUCAAGGUGAAGCAACUUAAGCCAAUUCGAAUUUUAAAACUUUAGAAACUAAGUUUAAAAAUCUUUCUUCUGAUUAUCAAAACCUCAGAAAAGAAUACUAAGAUAAUAAAGAGAUAUUGGAGUCUCUAUAGGAUGAACAAAGUAGUUUGAGUACUUAGUCAAAAACAACAGAAUUGGAACUCAAAAAGAGAUUAGAAAAAAUAACAAGCCAAUAAGAAGAAAUUAAUAGACUUAGAAAUGAGUAAACUAAGCAAGAAAGUGAAAAUUUCAAACUCUAAAAGAAAAUAUAAGAACUAGAAUUAACAAUAAGGACAAAUGCAAAUUCAGCCACUUCUGAAAAUCAAGAACAAAGCACCAUAAUUACUAACUUGAAACAAUAAAUAUCUGAAAAAGACUAGCAACUAAAUGAAAUAAAAGAUCAAAUUAGAAAAGCAGAAGACGAGAGACAAAAAGCUUUAAAUGAAUAUACAAAAGCUGAUUUAAAAUUCAAAAGUGUAGAAAUAGAAUACCAAAAGAUUAAAAAUCGUUAUGAAUAUAGUAAAAAUUAAGUAGAUAAAGAUAACGAAAGUCAUUAAAAAGAAAUUGAAAUUAAAGAUAAAGAAAUUUAAACUCUUAAGCAAAGAAUAUUGGAAAUUUUGCAACAGAAAAAUGAUAGUAGCAGUGAUAAAGAUGAAAAUAGAGAUUUGGUUAUCUAACUAGAAAAAAAGAACCAGUAUCAACAAGAAUACAUUAAUAAAUUAGAAAGUAAUAUCAAAGAAAUAGAAUAAAGAACUAAAGAAUUUGAUCAAGCUUAAAGCACUAUAAUUGAGCAAAAAGAAGAAUUAGAAAAUCUGAAGAGUAACUUUUAGAGACAGGCUAAGAAAAUGACUGAUACUCUUUAAAUGAAAGAAAAAGAUAUUGAUGAGAAAAAAAAAAGAAUAAGAGAACUUGAAUCGUAAAUUUUAGAAGGAGAAAGAUCUAAUCUCUAUCAAUCAACUGAUGACAUUAAUCAAACUAAAUAUAAAGAACUGAAGAAAAAAUACAAGAAGCAAAAAGAAGAUCACCAGGCUGAAAUUGAAGGUCUUUAAAUUUAAAUUUAGGAGCUGAAAAUUUAAUUAAGAGCAUCUGUUAAACCUAUAAAUGUUCAAAGCUCUAAUUUUAAUCCAGACUAAGAAUCAGAAAUAGCUAGACUAUCAGUUGAAAAUGAAUAGCUUCAAAGAAAAAUAAAAGAUUUAAAUUAAAAAUUGCAGAAAUCUGAUUAAAAUAAUGAUAUAGCCAAAGCAUAUAAAAAGUUAGAGCUCGAUUACUAAUCUGCUAAAGAUGAACUGAUUUAAAUUAAAAUGCAGAAAGUAAAUUUUGACAAGAAGGUUGAGGACAACAAGCUACUUAUGUUGAAUAUGGAAAAAAAGAUGAAAGAUAUGGAAAACGAUAUGCAAGCUAUUUCAAAAGAUCUUAUUAAAACUAAAUAAAAGUAUGGAGAUGCUUUGAAUGUAUGCUUAGAGCAUGGAGGUCCAGAGCUUGUUGAAAAAAUUAUAGGAGGAAACCUUGAAUGA